CUGGGAGUCUCCGCUUCUACUGGCUGCUAAAGAAAAUAACGUCCAAGCCAUCAGGAAGCUGACCAUGGAUGGAUCUUGUGAUGUCUAUCAAAGAGGAUUUGUGGGGGAGACGGCUCUUCACAUAGCCGCCCUCUACGAUAGCACAGAAGCUGCCGAGGCACUCAUGGAGGUGGCUCCAGAACUCGUCAACGAGAGGAUGACGUCCGAACUCUAUGAAGGGCAAACGGCUCUGCACAUCGCAGCCGUCAAUCAGAAUGUCAACCUGGUGAAAUCUCUGAUCCAGAAAGGGGCUCACAUCUCCACUCCCCGGGCCACGGGGCUCUUCUUCAGGCGAAGCUCCAAAAACCUCUUCUAUUUUGGUGAGCACAUUUUGUCUUUCGCCGCCUGUGCAGGGAGCGAAUCGAUUGUGCAGCUGCUGAUUGAAAAUGGUGCAGACACCGGAGUGCAAGACUCCUUAGGUAACACCGUUCUGCACGUCUUGGUGCUGCAGCCCAACAAAGCGUCUGUGUGUCAAAUGUACAACCUGUUUCUCUGCUACACAAAGGAAGACGAGGAGCUGGGAGCCCUGGACUCCGUCCCCAAUAACGAGGGGCUCACUCCGUUUAAGCUGGCGGGUGUGGAAGGCAACACCGUGAUGUUCCAGCACCUAAUGCAAAGAAGAAAGCAUGUCCAGUGGACCUAUGGGCCUUUGACAUCCAUCUUGUAUGACCUCACAGAAAUUGACUCGUGGGGUGAUGACCAGUCUCUCCUGCAACUUAUUGUCACCACUAAAAACAGAGAGGCUCGGCGCAUCCUAGACCUGACCCCCAUGAGCGAGCUGGUAAACCUGAAGUGGAAUAAGUAUGGAAGGCCGUAUUUCUGCAUCUUGGCGGUGUUCUACAUAUUGUAUAUGAUCUGCUUCACAAUGUGUUGUGUCUACCGGCCUCUGAAACGCCGGAUCUAUAACAGAACAGAUGAAAGAGACAACGUGAUAUUCAUUCAGAAAUCCUUGCAGGAAUCUUACGCCACUCCAGAGGACGACAUCAGACUGGUGGGUGAGCUCAUCACUGUGAUUGGGGCCAUCGUGAUCUUGGUUCUGGAGAUUCCAGAUAUUGUCAGAGUUGGAGCCACCAAGUACUUUGGACAAACGAUUCUUGGAGGACCUUUCCAUGUCAUCAUCAUCACGUACGCCUGUAUGAUCCUGGCGACCAUGGUGAUGCGUCUCACCAGCGCUACAGGAGAGGUGGUCCCCCUGUCCAUUGCUCUGGUGCUUGGCUGGUGCAACGUCAUGUAUUUCGCACGAGGGUUUCAGAUGCUGGGGCCCUUCACCAUCAUGAUCCAAAAAAUGAUCUUUGGGGACCUCAUGCGCUUCUGCUGGCUAAUGGCGGUGGUGAUCCUUGGCUUCGCUUCUGCUUUUUACAUCAUCUUCCAAACGCAAGAUCCCGAUGAGCUGGGCCACUUCUACAACUACCCCAUGGCACUCUUCAGCACUUUUGAGCUCUUCCUCACCAUCAUCGAUGGGCCGGCCAACUACGAAGUGGACCUUCCCUUCAUGUACGGGAUCACCUACUCCGCCUUCGCCGUCAUCGCCACCCUCCUGAUGCUCAACCUGCUGAUCGCCAUGAUGGGGGACACGCAUUGGCGCGUGGCCCAUGAACGGGAUGAGCUCUGGAGAGCUCAGGUCGUUGCCACAACAGUCAUGCUAGAACGGAAACUCCCACGAUGUCUUUGGCCCCGGUCAGGGAUCUGCGGGAAAGACUAUGGGCUGGGUGACCGGUGGUAUCUCAGGGUCGAACGCCGCUGUGAACUUCGGCAGCUGAAGGUAAAAGCGUAUGAACCCCACCGAAGGGAUGCCUUUGAGAAAUAUUUGAAAAACAAGAAGGCUUUGCCUCCAGAUAACGGCGGACUGUUUUUCUCAAAGAAGCAGGGAUCCUUUGGUACUCCUUCUGAUACACCGAAUUCAUCACGGAGGGGCUCCGGGUGUGGCUGGGACAUCUUGCGCCGCAGCACGCUGCUCCGAGGGCAAGGGUACACCAAUUAUGGUAUGGAAGAGGAAGAAGUCUACCAUGUCUGAGCGAUCGGCCCCAGAGCCCAAGGAGUUCUUUUCGGCUUCAGUGCAGAGGCUGGAGUAGUACAUCCAACAGUUCACGUCACGGCUGUUCUGACAGGCAAUAGCGACUGUUUGGAACUCACCCUUGCUGUGAGCCGCACACAGAAAAGCCUUCUAUUGUAGAAGCGGAAGCAAGCUUGCUGAUCUUGAAACAGCAGCCCAUCUCCAGCAGAACUUUGGAGGAGAUGACCUCUGUCAUGGUUUUCCUAGAGGACAAAGACUCUUUUUCCGGAGCCUUCCAGAACUGUGUACAGAUCUCGGUUUCGGCAGCGGCCUACUUUUGCUGGUGGUAGCGGACAAUGACACCUCCUUCAAAACCCAAGCUGCUUUCUGAGGAGGCCAUGGGGAACCCAAGCCACUGUUGAAUUUUAAGAGCUAAUAACAUUCAUAAUUUUGUAUUACUCUAAGCAGAAAGGGGGGGGGGGGAGGAGGGAAAGCAGCACGGGUAUAGCCUGAUUUCAUCAGAUCUUGGAAUCGAAGGAGAGUCGGUCCUCGGAUGGGAGAUGACCAAGGCAGAAACUCUGCAGAGGAAGGCGAUGGCCAAAAAACCUCUGCUUCUCACGUCCUUUGCAUGCCCCUUGCUGGGCUCACCACAAGUCAGUUGUGAUUUGAUAGCACUUGCGUACGGACGUAAGCAGAAAGGGAUUGUCCAGGAAUCACACGGUCCAGUUGCACACAUGGGGGACAUUUCAGCGUUCCUCAACCGCCAGAUCUUCAGAUGUUAGCGGAACAAUGCUCUCACCCCCACCCCACUGCUCUGAGUGUUUUUCUUCUCUACCUGGGGACUUUUGGUGUAGACAAACCUCAGGUCACUGCACUGUGCAUUUGUUCUUCUCGAUUCAUGUGAUUGGUUGUCAGCAGCUCCUCUAGGCACAGUGAUGUGACAUCACGGGUCGGGUGUUAACGUCAUUGGGCAAGGGGAGGCAGAAACAACUCUGUCACUCUUGUGUCUCCUCCCCAGCCUCUUAAACCCUUCAGUGAAGGGCAUUUGGCUUCCUUCCACUGCCCACAUAAGCUGGACAGUAAGGAGUCUCGUCCAAGAAUUAAACCCAAACUCUCACUAGGGCCAGUCCUAGACUGCCUGGCACCCUAGGCAAGGCCACAGGUGAAAUUCUAGCAGCAGCUCCUUUGCCUAUUAGGCCACACACCCCUGAUGUAGCCAAUCCUCCAAGAGCUUACAACACUCUUUUUUGUAAGCUCUUGGAGGAUUGGCUACAUCAGGGGUGUGUGGCCUAAUAGGCAAAGGAGCUCCUGCUAGAAUUCCACCCCUGGGCAGGGCUAACUUCUGGCACCCCACCCCCUGCACUGAUAAUGUCACCAAGUCACAUGGAGGGAGCCCAUGUUGGCACCCCCAGAAGGCCAGUGUUCUAGGCAAUUGCCUAGUUUGCCUCGUGGCAGGGCCGGCUCUGACCCUAACUCACAUGAAUCUCAUCUUUCUUGCCCUAUAUCUGUACAUGGCAUAAAGAUAAGAAUUUUGUAGUUCCACGGCAGCCUUCCAAUUCUUGGAGCAAGGUGAUGUCAGUUGUUUGUUUGAGAUCAAGAGCCUCAUCCGUGCACAGCUUGAUUUGUCAGCCUGUUUUAUCAUUUCUAGAGUCUGCUCUUCUUAAUUAGGGCUGAACGUCGACAUUUAUAGAGACGAUGCAUCUUCCGCUGAAAUCAGCCCCCCCUUCGUCUCUUCCUCGAAACAUCAAGGAAACAAAAAUGAGGGAUAUGAUAUUACAACAGGGCCGAGUUUUUCCCUGACAAGGGUGUGUGAGGGGGGAGGCAUACGUUGCAAAGCAAUGUUGUCGUGUCACCCCUUUGAAUUUGCAGGAUGGCAGAAGAGAAGAGGAAGUCGACAUGUUGAAAACAAUUCUGUUUUCUGUCCGGGUCUUGAUUUCCUGAAGUUUGACUUCACAGAGCAUCUUAAGACAAGCUUGCACUUAAUUCCCAUUGCGUUGCGCGCAAAUGUGAAGUGUGUACACUCUCCCUUUUUGAAGCUCUGCCCCCCCCCCCCAAAAAAAAAUCCCUGGCCAAGUACAGAAGACAGAGGACCAUUGGUCCUAAUUUAACGUGGGUCCAGGAUUGAAACUUUUCUCUAAGGUUGUCUUGUACCAGUCGCAUUCCUAGGCGCAGAGUAGCACAUUGAGUGACCGCUGAUACAUUCAAAUAUUAACGUGUCAUGCUUUUUGAAAUGUUCACUUCAUCUUCUGCCACCAGAAGCAGCUUCCGCGUUUUUUGUUUGUGGCUGCCGUAGCUUUUUCAAGCCAGCUUAAUUAUGUUUCUGUUUGAACACAAGCAACACGGGGAUUUCUUCCCUUCCCUCCUGUUUGAAAGGAAACAUUUAAUAGGCUGCACUUUGAUGUCUGACUUGGCAUAACUGUGAAUUUAAAUACAGAUCUCCUUCCCUUUAAGAUGCCUUCUUUCUACUGCCUGAGUCUCAUUGCCUUUUGAAAACUGAAUCCAAAAAAUGCAAUGCAUACGCAACCGUUAGGUUAGGAAGCAAGGUGUAAAUUGAUAAAAGUGUUUCUAUUUGCAGCAGAGUGUUCCCUGCAGAUCUUAUCCUAUUAAGCAAGGAAUAUAUGGCGGUAACUAUUUCACCACUGUGACCUUAAAAUUUAUUUAUGUGUUUACUUCCUUAAUAUCCUGCCUUUCUCCCCCAUGGGGUGUCCAAGACUGAACCCCAUGGGUCCCCAGAGCAGGUGCACAAAAGUAACCAGGCUGUUAUUAAUUUUUUUUAAAAAAAUAGUUUAUUAAAUUCUGAUCAGUUAAAGAAUCACUCUGCAGACAACACAUUGCUCUUUGAUUUCACAGCAAGAAAACAAGAAAGCUAGCUCACCUGUCUAAUAAUUUUGAGAAACUCCAUUAGACAGCUCAAACCACAAGUUCCAAAGUUGAAGCUCAGGUGUUCUCUAUGUUACUAGCAAUUGUAUAUCAUAGGCCUUUAGUCCAUCAAAUUCUGAGUUACUUCUCAUCCUCGAGGCCCUAGCUUAAUUAUACAUUUUGGGCCCACCACAUCAGGCAAUGAUAACAUCCAAUCAGGACACGUCUUCAGGAGAAACCUCUAGAAAAUGACCUCCCCACUUCUGGCUUUCCUCUUCCCAUCACACAAGACCGCAGGUUCUCAUGAGAAGCUAACUAACUUUGGCCUUGAAGAUGAUAAAAAUUACAAAGGCCCAAGGACCAAUGAGUAACACCUGCAGAAUAGACCAGGUCCGUUAUUAUUCACAUUAACCCUUUAAAGGAGGCCAGUGGUGCUUUGCCUCACAGUUCCCAAAGAAAUUUCUGUCAUUUUUCCUCUCAGGGUUGCCAACUCUGGUUUCAGAAAUACCUGGAGAUUUUGAGUGAAGCCUGGGGGAAGUGCCCACUGAUGGAAGGGGUGGGGACUGGGGUUGCCAACCUCCUGGUGGUAGCUGGAGAUUUCCUGCUACUACAGCUGAUCUCUAAGUAACAAAGAUCACCUGGAGAAAAUGGUUGCUUUGGCAGGUGGACUGUAUGGCGUUAGACCCUAUUGAUCCCCUCCCAUCCUCAAACCCCAUUUUCCUCAGGCUCCACUCCCAUCAUCCUGACAUGAAUAGCCAGAUCUUUCCCAAGUGGAUUGCUGGAAUGAUCCGACUUAUAAAAAGGGUAUUCUAGUGAAGUGCCUCUCUCUACAUUCCCUCCUCUUUAAAAUGUCCUCUUCUGAAAGUAAACAGAGGACUGUGUUUACACCAGCAGAUUUUCUAGAGGUUUCUUUUCUCAUUUUAUUCACACACAACUUGUUACCUUUGGUUAGACAUGCCUAAAGCUCAUUGGUUUCAGUAGGUUUACAGAAACAUUAUACCAACAGAAUGGAACGUUCUUCUUCCCUGCUGCCUCAGGAACAGAAGAAAGGAUGAACUAAGAUUAGGCUUGCUAGUACCUCAGUUGAGAAUUGGGGAACGCCCCACAGGCCUGUUGCCCAUCACCAUUCCCAUUUUUUUUAACUCUAGAUAGAGAGUAACUCUAGGAAUUACCUUACCAUAGAGCUUCCAGAGAUUCCUGGAGCUACUCUGUCACGGGUUUUCCCUAGAAGUGACAUGAUAGCACAUACGACGUCUCAGCCAUCCCUGUAUUCCCAUCCCAUACUUCUUGCUAGUUGCCAGGAAUGGUCAGGCAGCCCUGAUUGGGAUCUACAAUAGGGGAAGGUGUGACAGAAAGAUGGCAGCCAGAGGGUCUACAGACAGCAUUUUUUUUGGCCUUGUUGUAGAGAGAAGAUUGUGGCUGUGCUCUUUUGGCCUUGUGAAGAGCAGAGAAGUCUGGACUUGAAGGGGUUUUGAAUUUCGCCAGGGAACAAUGACCAACCUGGAAAGCAAGGUGAUUUUGCCACGGUGAAGGAGCAGUGUCACUCUCCCCCUAAAAUAACGGGGGAGUGUAAAUUCAGAGAUGGGAGAUGUUCAUGAUGGGAGAACGUGCAUGAACUGCUUAACCAUGUGUAUCAAUUACAGGCUGCCAUUUUUCUCUAAUAAAACUUCAAAACAC